AUAUGAUAUUCGUCAUGGACGAUUGUGACGGACCUGUUUUCGGUUAACCGAAAUAAUCUCCAUCGACUCUUCUGUUGUACAACUGAUGAUGUUGGUCAUUGGUCAACACGAAUGGAAAUAUUGUAACAGAUCUAAAGAGGGCGGUGUUGAGCAUUUUGUUCCAGUUCGCCAGUCAGGAUUUUGUCAUUUACAAACUAGAACAGAAGUUUCGGUGAUAACUGAUUGUGUGCCAUGGUGAAGAUGGACAUUGUAUUGUGCUUGUGUUCACUUGCGUUUAUUCAGGUGAUGAUGCCCUGGACGUCUGCACAGGUCCUUUCAGUAGACAACAUGAGCAAACCAUCAAUCCAAUGUGGUACUGAUGAAAACAGCCCGGUGAAUAUCACAUAUCCCGGUACUGGGGAAAAAAUACACCUCAUGUAUCCCGUCGACCACUACUUUCAGUGCUCCUCGCUAGAGUUAUCGAAUUUUGAUCACGUCAUCUACAACGUAAAACACAGAGAUUGUGGCAUGGUGUUCGACAAACAGAGAGGAACAUGGAGCGUGGACAUUCUGCUGCAGAAACAGCUGAUUAUUACUGGACUCGAGCCCAUAUUCAGACUGACGUGUGCUUACAAACCGUUAGCAUCCGGGUCUCAAGAAACAAACGUGACCUUCACCUACAACAAGACCGCGGAGCACCAGGACCCGACUGAUGAGAACAAAGUCAUAAUUGACCCUGUGGGUGUUAAGUUAUUGGUGAAGGAAACUCUGCUUGGUAUUCUGAAGAGCUCACAUGUGAUGAAGUUACAAGUCCUGGAUGUGAACUAUAAACCUACAUCCAAUAUUUAUACAGGGAAAUCACUGAUUCUCUCUCUCGACUUCCACAGUGUGAUAGCGUCUUUGUACAACCCGCCGGUAGUAACGAAUUGUUUCGUCAGUGACAACACCAACCGACCGAAAGUGUCGUUUCAAGACCAGUUUCUGACGAAUGGGUGUAUCACGCGCUCCGGCCAGCAGGGAUUUGUUGGAGAUGACGUCAUUAAAAACUCUUCGUAUAGGAGUUACACACAGGAGCUGGUCGUGCCCUCUGCCUGGACAAAAAAGGACAAAGUGUUUUUCGUGUGUUACGUGGUCGUAUGUCAGAAAGAGCUCAGCUGUGGAAAUAUGUGCCCCAUUGAUAUGUCACAGUUUGAGCAACAACCCGACAAGAUGAUCAGAGCGGAGAUAAAGAGUCCAAUGCUGCUCACUGCAAUGGAUGACGAGUUUCAAACUCAACUUGUUGCAGGAUCCUGGCUGACUAUCAACUGGCCCUAUCUGGUUAUAGUUGGAGUUCUAAUCCUAGUGCUGCUUAUUUUUGCCUGCAUCAUAGCUCUGGUUUUGAGGGAAUCUGCUCACUGCAAGAGGUGCCACACGUAUCACAAUCUUCAGACCUACCAAAACUGCAAGUCUCAUAGAAGAAGCCGAAGUCGAACCGUGUCCAAUUCGACGCCGGGAGCAGUUAGCCGGCCCGAUUCCCGGCAGUCUGCCUUCAGUCGCGGAGAUUCGGGCAUAGGAGAGACUUUAGGAUUACACACCAGGAGAGAGAACAUUCGGACAACUCCGGUAGGCAGUCCAGAGUGCAGGCCGAAUCCCGGUGGACCCUUCCCCGAGACCAUGAUGCAUUCUGUCCAAAACUCUGGUGGAACGAAACCGACCGGUCCGUUCGCCCAGCGUAUCCCCGUCUAUGCACGGAUUCCCAUAGCCGUUCCGCCGAGGAGGAGCAUAUCCCAGGAACUGGUUGGCAAUAAGAAUAAUAUGCAGAACAAGCAGUUGACCAGCCAUCCACCGAGUACCGGUCGAGUGAAUUCCGAAAUUACACCAGCACCGUUAUUAAGUACCAGAAGAGUCUCGCUGGAAAGCAGGAACGCUUCAACAGGGUUGGGUUUUCGACCACCAGGCAUUAACGUUCCUGCAGCAACACCUCUGUCGCUAGAUGGCGUUUCCAGCAGGCCCGUCGGAACCGAGUCGGACCGUUUGCCCGCGAAUCUGGUAACGCAACUGGAGCAGGUAGUGUCGGACAUCUCCGGCCGAUAUUACAUCAAGUCUUCGAGGGCCACCAUAACUGAUGCUGACACUCCAGAUCCUGGACCGUAAUGCCAAUAUGACGAUAGCGUUUGUUUUGUUGUUACUUUUUUCCAGAACCAUUAUGAAAUCCAGAAAUGGACGCCAAAGCAAUCACAGAUUUAAUCGCAGUCAUUUUGUGUGUAUGCCUUUUCCACCGAUUGGUGUAAGGGUAACAUUAUAGCGGUUGUUUUCAGAACCAUUAUGAAAGUCAAAAAUGGACGCAAAAGCAAUCACAGAUUUAAUCGGCCAUUUUAUGUGUGUGCGUUUUCCACUGAUUAGUUUGUGGAACAUAGCUUUAGGGCGCGAUCACAUUAACAGAGUUUUGUUGUUGUUGUUGUUGUUUUUCUUUGCAUCCACUGCGCCCGCGUUCGCACACGUCCGUUGUCAAUCAAAUUCGAUUUCAUUGCAGAAGGGGGUAAAUGUGCGGAAGCGGUGGCGAACAGGUCUGUUUGCACUUACUAAUUUUAAUACAAUCGAAUUUUACACUACCUAUUUGUAAUAAUGGUGUUGGUGCAUGAAAAUCAAAAAUAAACAAAAUGAUCGCGGCCUUAGGGCAACGUCUCGUGCUACGAGUGCCUCGUACAAGAAUAACCACGAUAAUAACCGACUGUAAAUCGUAAUGUUAAUCGGCUAUUCUCGUGGCUAUAUAUUCUCGUACGAGAAACUCGUAUCGUGUGGCACCGCCUUUAGGCUCGGCCACCUUCUGUGAAUUUUGUCGAAAUAACCAUGCGUUAAAACACCAAAUACCGUAGAUUAAAAUAUGCUGAGGUGUCGUUAAACAAAUAUUCCUUUCCUUGCCCCUUUUUAUCCAUCACCCGUUCUGUUCGUCACAAUGUGCUAUUUAAACCCGAACGUCAGAUUCGAUAAACUUAUUAUGUGUAUUGUAAUGAUUGCUGCUUAUAACGGAAUUGUACAAGGUUGACCACAUACUAUUUACCUGCAGAGUCACACAGUUGACAUUAAGUUGAUUACCACUGCAAUUAAAGCGAUGUUGGAAUAAAUGUAUAGGGCCAGCAUGUAUGACUUCAAAUGACAAUUAAAUUAAAAAUACAUACCUGCAGAGUCACAUAGUCGACAUUAAGUUGAUUACCACUGCAUUUAAAGCGAUGUUGGAAUGAAUGUAUUGGAAUGAAUGUAUAGGGCCAGCAUGUAUGACUUGAACACCCAAUAGCCGAUGUAUUUUUCGUGCUGGGGUGACGUUAAAACAUUCAUUCAGUCAGUCAGUAGGACUUCAAAUGACAUCUAAAUUGAAAAUACAAGAUGUUGGUUGCCAAUUUUGGAAUGAACUAAGAGCAUCUCUUGUAAUAAACCUACCCAUAUUAGUUUAUUAACAUGUUAUGGUACUAAUUAGUACGUUGGGUUGUGGAUUGUUUUACGGACUACGUUUUCAAACUAUUGGCUUUCUAACGUUGUACGUUAUUGUAAAAUAAUAGGGCCUACAUAAUUUACGAAGCCCGUUUUUUGUGUGUUAAACUCGGGUGUUUAAGCAUUGUAAAUGUAUGUAAUUACACGCGUGUAACAGUGUAACAAAACAAAAAACAAACAAACCCACCCACCCAAAACAUCCAGGCUUUGUAAAUUGACCCGGUUAUGUUUGGUAUUACCCAGUUUUGUCUGAUUUGUUUGUGUUAAUAAAUGAAUUAGACGGCA